GUUCACAAAAGCAGGUGGGCUUGGAUGGAAUCAAAACGUGCUGCAACUUUGACAGUUCGUCGUUUUGUCGUGCGCAUUCGAAGUUUUGUCGAUAAAAAUUAAGAAAAAAUAAUGGAAGAAAAUAAUGCUAAAACUGAUCAGAACAAUCAAGAUGACUCAGAUUCCGAGGUGGACGAAAUUGAGCCAAAACUCAAAUAUGUUAGAAUGCGAAAUGAUUUGGAACAUAUUUUACAAAAUGAUGCUGCUAGUUGUAUCGCUGUACAUCCUAAGUUUCUUUGUUUGGGAUCACAUUGGGGAAUGAUACAUCUCUUAGAUCAUCAGGGCAAUAAUAUACAAUCAAAAACUCUACAAGCACAUAUUGUUGCUGUUAACCAAAUUUCUAUUGAUCAUAAUGGUGACUUCAUUGCAUCUUGUAGCGAUGAUGGCAAAGUUUUUAUUUAUGGUUUAUAUAGCACAGAAAAUAAUCAUAAUAUAAAUCUUAGUAGGCUUGUCAAGAGUAUAGCUAUUGAUCCUAAUUAUUAUAAAAGUGGUAGUGGAAGAAAAUUUAUUACAGGAGACGACAAAUUAAUUUUAUAUGAGAAAACAUUUUUAUCCAGAAUGAAGUCAACAAUUCUUUCUGAAGCAAAAGAUGGAGUAAGAUCUAUAGCAUGGGCUGGUCAAUUCAUAGCUUGGGCAUCUGGUACAGGUGUCAGAGUAUAUGAUUCAAAUGCUAGAUGUUCUUUAGGUCUUAUUAAAUGGACUAAAACCGAAGAAGCGCUACCAGAACACUAUAGAUGUAAUCUUCGUUGGUCAGAUGAUCGAACAUUACUAAUUGGAUGGGUGGAUAUAGUGCGUAUUUGUCAAAUAAAAAAGAGAUCAGUGCAGGAAAUGGUUAAUAGAGAUUUACCUGAAUUCGUGGUAGAUCCAGGUAAAUCAUUUAUUAUUUAUAUUUGUUUAAUAAAAAAAAAUCAUAAAUUUAUAUUUUAUAAUAUGAUUUUAAUUUUAGUUUCAACAUUUCAAGUGGAUUUUUAUAUAUCUGGUAUUGCACCUUUAGACAAUCAACUGGUAUUGUUAGGAUGCUUAAAAGAAUUAGAUAAUGAUGGGAAAAGUCAAAGACCAAUUUUGCACAUUGUUGAGCCGAAGUGCGAAGACUUUUCUGUAAUUUGUGCAAAUCCAUUGACUUUGCGAGGUUAUAAAGAGUAUAGCUGUAAUGACUAUCAUUUAGAUUGUUUAACAAAUGAAAACAGGUUUUUUAUCGUAAGUCCAAAAGAUGUAGUUGUAGCAAGUUUGUAUGAUUGUGAUGAUAGGAUUGAAUGGUUAAUAAGCCAUCGAAAAUUUGAAGAAGCAUUAGAAGUUGUUAGUGUUAGUGAUGGAAAAGAUUGUAAAAGAUAUACUUUAGUCAAUGUGGGUCGUAUGUAUUUGGAUCAUCUAUUGGCUUGUGAAAAGUAUGAUGAAGCAGGAAAAUUGUGUCUAAAAGUUUUAGGCCGGAAUAAAAAAUUAUGGGAAGAAGAGGUAUAUAAAUUUGCAAGGGUUCAUCAAUUAAGAUCAAUUUCUUCUUACCUCCCACGAGGUGAUGUAACUUUAGAUCCAUUAAUUUAUGAGAUGGUUUUAUAUGAAUAUUUGAAAAUAGAUCCUGAUGGUUUUCUUGAAUUAGUUAAAGAGUGGUCACCAACAUUAUACACAGUUGCAGCUGUUGUUAAUGGUGUUUUGGAACAUCUUAUAGUUCAUAAUCAACGACAAAAUGUUCUUUUAGAAGCUUUAGCAAUUUUAUAUAUUCAUGAUGGAAAAUAUGAUAAAGCAUUAGCAAUGUAUUUAAAACUUAGACACAAGGGUGUAUUUUAUUUGAUACAAAAAUAUCAAUUAUAUUAUUCUAUAUAUGAUAUGAUCGAAAAAUUAAUGGAUUUAGAUGCAGAACGUGCAAUACAAUUUUUUUUGGAAAAAGAAAAAGAUGAAACGCAGAAAAAAAAAGAAAAGUUCAGAGUACCACCAGAAAUUAUUGUUCAUGAAUUGCGACACAAAUAUUUUUACUUAUAUUUGUAUCUAGAUGCUUUAGACAAAAAAGAUACAAAUGAUUCCAAAGGAAAAUAUCAUGGAUUACUGGUUCAACUAUAUGCAGAUUAUGCUAGAGAUAAAUUACUUCCGCUUUUACGUCGUUCCGAUAACUAUCCAAUACAGGAAGCAUUAGAUAUUUGUAGUCAACGAAAGUUCUAUCCAGAGAUGGUGUAUCUUUUAGGAAGAAUAGGAAAUAUAUCUGAAGCUUUGGCUCUUAUGACUAGAGAAUUAAAUGAUAUGGAAAGUGCUAUUGCUUUUUGUCAGGAACACGAUGAUGAAGAAUUGUGGAAUGAUUUAGUAAAUUAUUCUUUGGAUAAACCAAAGGCUAUCACAUUUCUUCUUCAAAAAAUUGGAACAUAUGUUGAUCCUAGAUUAAUGGUACAGAGAAUAAAUCCAUCUUUAGAAAUACCUGGCUUAAAAAAAGCUUUGGUUAAAAUGAUGUGCGAUUAUAAUUUGCAAGUAUCUAUACAAGAAGGAUGUAAGAAAAUUUUAUCUAAUGAUUAUUUUGAUCUUCAUGAAAGAUUGGUUCGUUGUCAUCAAAAAGGUAUACUUAUAAACGAUGAUCAAUUGUGUGGAGCUUGUCAUAGAAAAAUAAUUAUGGGAGAAUCAAAAAAUUUAGUCAUAUUUUAUUGCAAGCAUUCAUUCCAUGAGGACUGUUUACCAAACUUCAAAUUAGUGGAAAAUUGUGUAAUUUGUAAUUCACAAAAAGAGACUUCACCAGGUAGGAAAUGAUACAGGUAUAGAGAUCUUUGAAAUUUGUUCCGUUGAAAUAAAUUCCUGACUUUCUGGACAUACGGAAAAUGCCUUAAAAAAUUGUAUUGUAAAAUCUACUACAUGGAGAGGUUUCACUGCAAAAAUUAAAAUAAAGUAUCAGGGCGCUUGAGAUAAGUAUAUCAGUAAAUCUCUUUGUGUAUUUGUAUAAUAUAUAUAUUAAUUAAUGUAAAAAACACUCUAUAUCGAAUAAUAUUAUAAAUAUUUUAUUGUAUUAUAUAUAUAUAUAUAUAUAUAUUCUUGUAUAGACUGAAUUAUUCUUGAUAUUACCUUGCAUAAAUU